AUGGUUUCUGGGUUAAUCAACGAGAACCCAAUUGUUUACCAGAAACAAGAGCGUCGUGCUCGACCUCAAUCCAGCAAUACCGAUGAGCUUUCAGCAGAAGCCAUUGAUCAGCUCGAGAUUUUUGAUAUCCUUUUUCUUUUGCACUUUCUCUGUUUCUUCCUCACAGUUACAGAACCAAAUUGCAAACAUUUCAAGCAAGUGUUCUUUGGGGAUGCCAUUAUAAAACUAUUGGGAUCUGAAAUUUGGUUUCAAAGUAAACAACUUGACAUACCUCAUAUCAAAGAUCCAGAACAUCCUUAUUCUCUGGAAGAGCUUAAAGUACUUACAGAAGAUUCAGUUGAAGUGGAUGAUGACAAGAGUUAUGUUAGGGUUACAUUCACUCCAACUGUUGAACAUUGUAGCAUGGUCGCCAUUAUUGGUCUUUGUAUCCGUGUGAAACUUAUGCGAAGCCUUCCUGAUCGAUACAAGGUUGAUAUAAGAAUAGCACCCGGUACUCACGCAACAGAGGAUGCAGUGAAUAAACAACUAAACGACAAAGAACGUGUGGCUGCUGCACUAGAGAGCCCAAACCUUGUGGAAAUGGUUGAUGAAUGUCUGCUUCCAUCAUUUGAGUGA